AUGAGUGAAGAAUUUUUCUUUUCCUUAGUUAGGAUAUCAUGUGCCCAGAUAUUCAGAGCUGCUGGUAUUGAGAGGUGCUCACCAUCCUUGCUAGAUAAAGCGUCAGAUUUAUUAGUACGUCAUUUAACGGCACUAUCAGAAAAAGCGUCUGACAAUGCUAUGCUAAGUGGUAGAAAUGAAGUGGUAAUUCAGGAUCUAGCGUUAGCAAUGGAAGAACUGUGUGUUAUACGACCGAGGGCCAUACUCGACCCAUACGAUCUGGACCCUAAUAGCUUCAUUGGUUAUGAGAAUUUCAUAGAUUGGGUCAAAGGACCUGUCCCUGAAGAAGCAAGGAGGAUAUCAAGAAUUCCUCGCGUGACACCAAUUGGCCAAAAAGUAGAAAAUACUUCUUCUGGCAUAAUUAGCAUAUCUACAGAUGGAAAUACAGGUACAACGCCUGAUGGGAUAGAGUCGAAAGACAACUCUGAUACCAGGGCCAAAUCUGAGAAACCUGAAGAUACUAGGGGUAUAGAUGGAGAAACGAGGGUGGGUUCAACGAGCUCAAAGGCACCAGUAGCGGCAUCUACCGCAACGAAAACAACAUCGACUGAGGCUUCCACUACACAAACAAAUACAGAAUCUGAAAAGACUGCUGGCAAAGUACAUCCACACGAUGAUGAAGAAUGGCUCACAGCUCUGAUGAAGAAACGAAUCAAAGUUGGCAAUGAAAACAAAUUCAAAGGCACUGUUUUAUCGAUAGAAGAUGGCUUAGAAACUAAUCCUGAAGUUAAAAUCGUCGGUGGACCAGUCAGUCUGGACGAGUUUCAGCCUAAAAACCUGUCUGUGCAAUAA